AUGAGGGUUCAUCCAGACGACCGAAAGAAGAAGCAUCACGCCAAAAGUCGACAUGGCUGCAUCAGCUGUAAAAAACGUCAUCUCAAAUGCGAUGAAGCCAGACCCGAAUGUCAACGAUGCAUUAAAGACUUUGGUAAAUGUGAAGGGUACCGCACUCCCAAAGCAUGGUUGUUCGAGUCCGCUCAGGAAGACCCAGGCACUGUUGUGUACGAAAUCAGCAGUAAUUCGCCGAGCUCAGGCAGUGUAACUUCAGUAUUGCGUGACAGAUCAAGUCCGAUAAGCUCUCAAACAUCGCUUAGUGUAAGGAGCUCAAUUUCAAGCAAGCAUUCAACUUCGCCAGAACCCGAGCACACGCGACAGAAACGGUGGGCUCCCAAGUCACGGAGCGGUUGCGUGACAUGUAAGAAGCGACGCAUCAAGUGUGACGAAGGGCGACCAGCGUGUGGCCGGUGUACAGCUUCAAGCCGUAAGUGCGAAUAUACCCAGCCUCCACUGGAAGACUUCGCAGAGGAUCUUCCUGAAGAGGUCCAGGCUCUUGAACUGCUUCAGCGCAAAAUCGACAUGUUCGAGGAUCCCGAUCACCCGCCAACGUUCAAAUACGUCCAUAGUUCGCCUUACAAGUCACAAACGGAACAUCAAACAUUCGUACAUUGGCAAAAUCGUACCGAAAGCUGCCAGGUCAUCUCACGCAGUUUCGGUGAUUUCAAUAUCUUAGGAUGCGAACUCCCGAAAGCUGCAUGGAAUUACGAUUGCCUCAAGCAUGGUCUACUGUCCGCUGCAUCAGUCACGGCAUCAAUCGAGAGGUUCUCGCUUGGUGAAUCCAACGAAAGACAAGCUGUCGUUGAGGCCGUCAAGCAGAGCAGCAUGGCCAUUACUAGCAUCUUUAAAGAGAAGCCACCUCCAGAGGUGACUGUACUUGUUGCCUUCGUCUUCUGGUUCAUGGAGGCAUGGAUUGGCCAGUGGGAUCGAGCUGUCAUGCACCUGGCUAGUGCAGCAAGAAUGUGCGAGCAAGGCUUCCCGAACGGACAAGUCAGCGAAGCUGUCGCGUGGUAUGUCACUGUUUGCGCUACUGGUGUUCCUCAAGCUCUCAAAAGCCCUGAUAUUCUCAAGUAUGUACAGGAUCCUGAUGAUAACCAUGACGAGAAAUUUCAGAUCCGUCUUCUGUGGGGUAUCAGAGAAGCUGUAACUGGAAUCCGUUUGCUAGACCAAGCAAGAGCCAAAGCACUUCAAGUACGACCGAACGACUGCAGCCGGUUCAACAUUAUGCUCGCCAGUCAUCAAGCGCAGAUGCGCUUCAUGUCAGAGAGGUGGAGGCAAUACGCAAAACUUCAACUUACAAAGGUUGGGUCCGAAGCUCGCAUACCUCCAGCACCCAUCGUGCCAACUUAUGACAAGGUUCUGGAAAUGAUAGACUACUUCAUCGAGGAUGAUGAAGACUAUGAUGCGCUCAUACUCGCAGUACGGCUGAAGAUGAUACAGCGCUCUCUACCACUGUUCGUUGCUGGAACCAAUAUAGAGAUCAGGAAAGACGCUGCUUUGAGUAUUCCGAUCAAAGUAGAAGCUGUCGAGACCGAGACUCGGAUGAUCAGCAGCGAUAUCAAUUUCAGGGCACGAAUGAAUAGCACAUAG